AUGACAGAUCACAAUCAAACAAGUCUACAAAUUAAAGAAUUUUUUAUUGUUGGUUUUCCUAACCUUCAAGACUGGCAAUCACAAACAAUAUUGUUUGUUAUAUUUUGUGUGGCAUAUAUUUUUACACUUCUUGGUAACUUGCUUUUUAUUAUGACAGUAGUCUCUGAUUACACACUGCAUACACCUAUGUAUAUCUUGAUCUGUAAUUUGGCUAUCUUGGAUAUUUGCAUUCCUUCUGUUACUGUACCAUCAAUGUUAUCAUACUUUAUGUUUAGUGAUAGAUUUAUUGCAUUUAAUGCUUGUUUUAUACAGAUGGUUCUUUAUCUGGGUUUGGGCACAGCAGAAUCAUUUACUCUUAUGAUUAUGGCAUAUGACAGGUACUAUGCUAUCUGUAUGCCUCUUCAUUACCCUUCUGUUAUGACAAAUAGAAAAGCUAUACAACUCUCUAUCAUUUGCUGGAUCACAGGAAUGAUGGCUCCAAUGGUUCCACUUUACCUUGCUCUUAAGUUACCCUUCUGUGGACCAUAUAAAGUGUACCACUGUUUUUGUGAUUAUUCUGCAGUAGUGAGAUUGGCUUGUGCUGAUGUCACUUUUCAUGCAGUUGUCAGUUUGACACUUGCUUUGUCGGUGCUUCUAAUUCCAAUGCUCUUUAUUGUUUUUUCCUACACAAAAAUUAUAAUAACUUUGUUAAAAAUUAAUACUGCCGAAGGCCACCGGAAAGCAUUUUCUACCUGUGCAAGUCAUCUAGUUGUUAUAUCUAUAUUCAUACUAGCUGCUGUGUUUGUCUUUGUUUCUUACAGAAUAUCUGGCUUUCCUGCAGAUGUUCGAAUUUUGACUGCUGUACUGCAGAAUAUAUUUCCACCAAUGGUGAAUCCUAUAAUUUACUGCUUGAGAACAAAGGAAAUCAGAGACAGCUUUUUCAGAACUGUUAGAAAUAGUACAAUAUUCCUAAAUGUUUAG